AUGGAUUCUUCUUCUUCUUCUUUAGAGAUUUUGAUACCAACUUUUUGCGUAAUCCUAAUUAUUUACUUCAUUCCAAAAUUACGUCAAAUUCUUCUUCUAAGACGCAAGAAACUUCCAUAUCCACCUGGUCCAAAACCAUGGCCAGUUGUUGGAAACUUACCUCACUUAGGUAUGGCAGUGCAUCAAAGUCUAGCAGCUAUGGCCAAAACAUACGGUCCUAUUAUAUAUCUACGGUUAGGAUCUGUUGAUGUGGUUGUUGCAUAUUCAGCAUCUAUAGCUUCACAAUUUUUGAAAACCCAUGAUUCCAAUUUUUCAAGUAGACCACCAAAUUCCGGGGCUAAAUAUAUUGCGUAUAACAAUCAAGAUUUUGUUUUUGCUCCGUAUGGUCGUAGAUGGCGUAUGUUUAGAAAAAUAUGUGCUGUUCAUUUGUUCUCCGGCAAAGCUCUUGAUGAGUUUCAGUACGUUCGCCAGGAAGAAGUGGCUGUGUUGACAAAAGUAUUGGCACAAUCAAGCAAAAAUAGCAAGAGCAAUCCAGUGAAACUAACAGACUUGCUAACUGUAUGCAUAACGAAUGCUUUAUCUAGGGUUCUAUUAGGGACAAGAGUAUGUGGAGAUGGUGAAGGUUUUGCUGAUGAAAAAUCACAAGAUUUCAAAAACAUGAUAGCUGAAAUUAUGGUAUUGGCAGGUGUUUUUAAUAUUGGUGAUUUUAUACCUUCUUUAGAGUGGUUAGAUUUACAAGGAAUUGCAUCUAAAAUGAAGAAUAUACAUCAAAGAUUUGACGCAUUUUUAACUAAAAUAAUUGAUGAUCAUAAUAAGAUCAAUGCCGCUUCUAAUGAAAAAGGUAAUGGGUCAAAAAAGUCAGAUUUUCUGAGUAAAUUGAUUGGUUACAAAGAGGAGGAUGUGGAUGGUGGAGAAUGGAAGCUAACUGACACUGAAAUUAAGGCCCUUCUUUUGAAUUUAUUCACAGCAGGUACUGAUACAUCUACAAGUACAGUGGAGUGGACUUUAGCAGAGCUAAUUCGUCACCCUAACAUUCUAGCCCAAGCCCAGCAAGAAUUGGAUUCAAUUGUAGGUAAAGACCGACUUGUAUCUGAAUCCGAUCUUAGCCGACUACCGUUCCUACAUGCCGUAACCAAAGAAGCGUUUCGUCUUCAUCCAUCUACGCCACUUUCCCUUCCACGGGUUUCAGCUGAAGAUUGUGAAAUUGAUGGGUACUUCAUUCCUAAAAACACCACUCUUCUUACUAAUAUAUGGGCUAUUGCUCGUGAUCCGUCGAUGUGGCCUGACCCACUGAAAUUCAAACCCGAACGGUUCUUACCCGGUAAUGAAAAGGCCAAUGUUGAUAUCAAAGGAAAUGAUUUCGAAGUCAUACCAUUUGGAGCUGGACGGCGGAUAUGCGCCGGUAUGAGUUUAGGAUUAAGAAUGGUGCAGUUUAUGACUGCUAGUUUGAUUCAUGGUUUUAAUUGGGAGUUAUCAGAAGGUCAAGUGAUUGAGAAUUUGAACAUGGAUGAAGCUUAUGGUCUUGGAUUGUCAAGAGCUUCACCUUUAAUGGUUCACCCUAAGCCAAGGUUGGAAGCUCACGUGUACAGUGCUAUCAAAUUUUAGAUUUCUUGGGAUAUUGAUCAUGGUAUCAACUUGCACCACUUGUAUGUAUGUUGCUUAAUGCAUAUCUUCCAGCUGAUAUAUAGGAC